GAUACUGUAGUCACUGACACCCUAGACUCUGAUACCCUAGACCCUGAAACCCCAGACUUAGAUACCUCAGACUUUGAUACCCUAGACCCUGAUAACCUAGACACUGAUAUCCUAGACCCUGAGUCCCCGGUCGGUAACAAGCCCCUAGUGGCCGCACCUACCCCUCUCCUGCCCGAGGAUGACCUCCCACUGCCCCUAAGCGUAGAGGAGCAACAGAAUCCUGCCAUCGAUUCUGGUAUUACCCAUCCUUCCCCUCCUUCGUCAUGUCCUGCGCCUCCUCUUCCUGCUGCCCUUCCAGCUCCUUCUCCUUGUUUGCUAACUAAAGAAAAGCCGAGCGGAAUGAUAACUUCCUCAGACCUCCUCCCACGAUCACUUCCAAAUGCUAAUCCCCCAGAGGAGGCCUCAGAACCGACCUUUGUAAUACCAAUGGCAAACACGAACCCUUACUUGCACUCAAAUACUCCUCGUCUUAACCGUGCACAGGGGCCCAAGCUUACUAGUUGGACCUCGAUCCCUCCCCGACCCCAGGACCCUCCCCGGCCCCCGGCCCCUUCGAGGGCGCGAUUCCGUGUUCCAUCACUGCCCACCAAACUAGCCCACUCUGUGGCUUCCAACCUGGCCUCCCCCUCCAGCCCCCAGGCCUCUCCUUCCUCAGCCCACCCCUGCCCUCUCCUCAUCUCCCUGUCAGCUAGUGUUGGUGGUCUCUUCUAUGCUCUGGUGAGCUUUCUCCUCCGCCUUGUCGUCUCCUUCGUCCUCCUCAUGCUCCCCAGCGAGGAGCUGCGCUUGGGCCCCAACCUGCCGUCGGGCUACAAGAAGGGGUGCCCCGGGAUGGUCAACGGAAUCCCGGGCCGCAGACCCACCCUCAUCGAGCCCGAGCGGCUGAAGGACUUCGGCGAAGAGGAGCUGCUCAACGGAGACGUGAGGGUCUGGGAGGCUCGGUCGUCGGGACGCCCCGAGAUCCAGCUGACGGAGCCCCCCAAGACAAGGAGGAUGAGUGAGUUCAAGUCCCGGCCCAGGCCCUCCACGGAGUACCUCCGCUUCGAGGACAUCAGCGCGGCUACCUUCAAGAUACAGUCGGCCAUCCAGAAGACGCCAUGCACGUACUCCAGGCUGUCCAAACAGUACGGCAUGGAGAUCUACCUGAAGAAGGAGCACCUGCACUACACCGGCUCUGUGAAGGAGAGAGGAGUCUUCUACCUGCUGACCUCGCUGACACAGGAGCAGCAGAAGAAGGGUGUGAUCGUGGCAACGGACUGCAACUUCUCCAUGGCGGUGGCGCACCACGCCGUGGAGCUCAAGAUCCCCGUCUUCGCCAUCAUGCCGUCCAGCUGCUCCGUGCCGCGCCUCCGCGUCUACCGGGACUACGGCGCCAUGGUCAUCUCCUACGGCACUGCCGCGCGCGACUCCCGCAACCACGCCUGUCACCUGGCCAAGGACAACGGCUACCUCUACCUGGAGGAGGAUGAGCAGGAGGCCUACCUUGCCGGUCUUGGUACCGUAGGCUUGGAGAUCUAUGAGCAGGUGCCCAAGCUGGACGCUGUGGUGGUGCCGGCUAGUGGACAGUUUGGACUGCUAGCUGGUACCGCUGCGGCCAUCAAACACCUCAACCCACGCAUCCUUGUUGUGGGAGUUGAACCUGAGGGAUACCCUCUUCUUCUGCAGUCCCUGAAAACAGGCGCACCAUGCAAAGACAUGACCAGCAGGCCAAACAGCAAACUCUAUGGAGAUCUGGCUGAACAUUCACUUGGGAUACAGACCUUCCAGCUGGCAAAGAAGCAUGUGGACAAAAUCAUCACUGUCAGUGAGGAGAGCGCUCUGGUCGCCAUGCUGCGGUUUCAGGAGUUUGAGCGAUCCACGGUGGACACAGAGGGAGCCAUGGGGUUAGCCGCAAUCUUGGCCGGUCAGCUACCAGAGCUCAGGGGCAAAAGGGUUGCGGUGGUGGUUAGCAGCGCUAACAUGGAGCUGGACCUGGUGAGGCAGUGUGUGGAGCGCGCUCUGGUGCUGGACGAGCGCAUCAGCAAGUUCACUGUGGAGCUGGGCAACAUGCCCGGAGACAUGGCCAAGCUGCUGGACUUCCUGUCCAGAGAGGAUGUCAGGUUACUUGAUGUAUGCCAUAGGCGUCACUGUGACAAAACAGAGCUUUUCAAGAUUCAGGUGGAGUGUGUGGUGGAGACCAGGGAUAAGACGCAGAGCGUGCAGUUGCGUAAGACCCUGUGUGAGCGUUACCCUUCGCUGCGCUGGCUGGAUCGGUGAUCUAGACACACAGACACACACAAGUACAGACGCACCAAACCUAAACAGAGAGUAUAUUUUUACACUACAGCAUAUAUAUUUAAAAUCACACAACUAACUAAAUGAUAUGAGAUACUAUGAUGAUAUCAGAAGUAUUGAAAUUGCAGUUGCAUACACUGUCACAAUUUAUUGGACAGAAGAGCCUUGAGAUUAGCCUUGCAUUAGUCUUUUAUCCUGACAUGUCCUUAGAGUUCACAUACAUUGACCUUUAGCAGAGGCUUUUAUCCAAAGGAACUUACAAGACUUCAUAAACACACCGACGGUGGAGUCAUCCAAGCAAGGCGACUGCCAGCUCGUUGGGAGCAAUUUGGGUUCAUGCCUUCCUCACCUCGACACGGGGAGCAGGAGACGGAGCCGCUGAUCGAACUUGCAACCCUCCGAUCAUAAGUCAAGCCGCUCAACCUCCUGAGCUGAGCCGAUCCCACAGUUCAGAGGUGUUCCAUUUCAAGUACUGUAGUCAUUUACAGGUCGCUGAAAAUACUGUGUCGACCGAUUCUUUAUUCAUAACACAUGAAUAUAUACCAUGUAAAAAAAAAUCCUGCAGCAUAUUUUUGAAAUAUUGUAUAUAUUUAUGUAUGCAUCAAAUGUUUAUAGCUUAAUUAAAGCAAAUACAUUAGAAUA